AUGGCUUCUACCAGUCAUGCCCAUAUAGCAACUCAAAAAAAGGCUCCAGUAUGGGUAUUUUUUGAACCACCCUUUGAAGAGUCUGGCAAGGAAAAAGCCAAAUGCCAUCUGUGUCUUCAUGACAAAUAUCUCAUUAUAACCUGUGGUAGCACCACUAGCUUGCGCAAUCAUAUUAUUAACAUUCAUCAUAUCGACAUCUUCAAGGCAGGCAGUUCUGAUGAUCUUACAUCUCUAGUUCCUCAGUCAAAUGAAAGCAUUUUUAGGGAAGCAUUGGUUAAGUGGAUUGCAUCGAAAAGCCUUCUCUUUACAACAGUCAAAUUGGAAAGCUUCCAAGAGUUGGUUAGAUUAAUUAAAGUCUUGGGUGAUAUUGAAGUUCCCUCUGCAAAUAACUCAAGUAAGGAGGUUGAGUCACAAGUUCUCGAUCUUGUGCCUUUCGAAGAAGCACAUACUGGAGUCAAUUUAUUAAAUACUUUAGUUAGUAUUUGUAAUGAGUUUGGUAUUAUAGAUAAAAUUUUAGGGAUAACCGUCAAUAAUGCCUCAAGUAAUAAUACAUUACUUGAGGCAUUUGAAGCUAAGUGUAAAAACGUUGAGCCACCAGAUCAAGAUGAAGAUGAACUUUCUAUCCUAGAAGAGCUUACCACCUCCCAGACCCUGACCUCAACCCCAAUUAUAAAAAAACUUCGAACAUUAAUUGCUAAAAUUCAAUCUUCGCCCCAGCGUCGUAACAAGUUAAGAGAAUUAUCCAUUGAUAGAAUGGCUAGUGAAGUUCGUGAAUUAAAUAAUCUUGGUCUUUCAGAAAGCGAAUGGAAUAUGUUAAAAGAGGUGUCUUUGCCUUUGAAAUCCUUCUGUGAUAUGUCUGAAGUACUGUGUGAUGAAACAUAUGUCAUAAUGUCUCUUGUUAUACCAGCCUAUAAUCAAAUUAUGGAUGAUCUUGAAGACAUACAAGAUAAAAGUUCAAUCGCAAUUCAUGAGGCUAUCGAGCAAGCACUUGGGAAAUUAAUCGUCUAUUAUACAAAAAGUGGUGGUCCUGCAUAUGCCGUAACAACCUUACUCGAUCUAAGGUUUAAGAAAGCAUAUUAUGAAACGGAAGGCUGGGAUGCUGAAUGGAUUAGUUGGGCAACUGAAAGCCUAAAUGAUGUAUAUAACUAA